CGGAAAAGAUAACAACACCGCGAUGGUCACUCACACCUGGCACAAAAUUCUGCUUUUAUUCAUUGCUCGGCAAUCAUAAAAUCAACACCAACCAUGAAAUCAUCGCUAUUGCAAAUUGUUGUUCACUUUUUCCUCAUUUCCUAUUCCGCUUCAACAGACCUAUCUGGGGUUCGUUGUGAGAGAAAUGAAGACUGCACCUUAAUUACCGACGCCACUUGCAAUUUAAAUUUAAAAUUAUGUGAAUGUGCCGGUUACCAGGUUCUAAACUCCACGAUGCAAAGCUGUUUGCCAGUGCCGUCUGGUGCUGGCGGAACUUGCAAAGAAGACGUGCAAUGUUCUGCAGUUCUUUUGAACGGCGGAACGUGCACGAGUGGGAAAUGCGGUUGCGUCGACGGAAUGCACUACCUGAAGGGCAGAUGCUGGCCCUCGAAAAUGUUGGGUAGCACUUGCGAUUUUGACGAGGAGUGCGUGUCAGUCCUGGAGGCAAAUGCGGUUCAGUGCAUUGAAAACAAAUGCCAGUGCUCACCUGGAUUUUACCAAAGAGAGUACUCAGAUUGUAGGAAAAAAGCCGAGAAUGUCGGUGAACCAUGCGCUUUGAACUCAGAUUGCGUGUUUGAAGGAUCAUUUUGCAACACGAAGACAAAGGUUUGCGAAUGCAUUUCGGGUGCUGGACAAGAAAUUUGCAAUCUCAAAAAUAAAGUUACGAAAGAUUUCUUGCCUGCAAAUUAUACAAGACCCCUGACCACCUCAGAUAUGGGAAAAGAGCUUGGGUCGCCGUGCACCCCAUCAGGUGCGGAAUGCGGCAUCGCAAACUCCGAGUGCUCAGCCCUUGGUUAUUGUGUGUGCAAAAACGGUUUUUUCAAGCCCGCAGGCGAAGAAAAAUGCGUACCAGAAAUCGGUGGGCCCUGCGUCCAGAACGCGGACUGCGCCGCCAUCAACGGUUCAAAUUGCGACGGCACCAUGUGUGUCUGCGGCGUGGGGACGGCGGCGUCGGUCACAAAACAGGAGUGCCUAACACAAAUCACAUUGAUCAAUAACAAAUGCAACGAGACCUCCCAGUGCACCCUUUUCGGAGCGCGAGCCCAGUGCAGGUUGAACGGCAACACAAAAACCUGCAAAUGUGACGAUUUUUCGCGAGUAUUUAAAGAAGACAGCAUUUGCUGGAUCGCAAAAUGGCCUGGUGAGCAGUGCGCUGAUGCCAGGGAUUGCAGUGCCACAUCUGGAGACACAUAUGUUUCUUGCGUCGAAGGCACGUGUUCUUGCAUAAACGGUUAUCACCCGAGUAGUGACAAAAAAGAUUGCUAUCUUGACGUCCCAAAUCUUGGCGGAGUUUGCAAAGAAAAUGGUGAUUGCGAAGUGCAAUUUUCCGUUUGCGACUCAAAAUCGAAAAAAUGCGCUUGCCAGCCGGGAUACUACAAAGUCGGCAACGCCUGUCGCUUAGGGGUUGGCGGGCCGUGCUCUGUACAGGACGACUGCGCCACGGCUGCCGAUGCAGUGUGCACGGCAAACAAAUGCCAGUGCCCGUCUGGAUGGACGGCUAAUUUGGCCACAUCAGCCUGUUUGCCAAUUGGUGGUGGCUUGGACGCGUUGUGUUCAGAGAACCAACAGUGCACGCCGUCGCUAGGCGAGUUCGGCGAGUGCUCGGAGGAGCAGUGCCGGUGUCGCAAGAGGCAUCACUUGGUGGACGGCACGUGCACCCCUUCGAAGGGCCUGGGCGACGACUGCACCAAAGGCUCCGAGUGUUUCCUCCCCGUCAGCAGCGAGGGGGUAAUAUGCCGCAAUAACAAGUGCUCCUGCGAUUACGGUCUCGUGCCUGCGGAAAACAAUGACUACUGCUCCGGUUCAGCCGCCCUACAGACCGCCCGGUUCGUCCUCGUCAACAUUGCCUUGCUCGUCAGCGUCUUACUCAGAUGAGAGUGAAAGAUGGAAUCCUUCUUACAAUGUACAAUUUAGGCUUAAAAUAACUCAUAGAAAAGAUAAUUAAAUAUAAAUUAAUUAAUCA